UUGGACUUCGCGUCCAUUCCAGAUGCCAUGUGUGGGCAGUACGACCUGGUGCUGGGCAGCGAUAUUGUGUACGACCACACCAUUGCUAGCCACGUGGCCCCGGCACUCGCGCGGCUUCUGCGUACCGGCGGAAUGGCCUUCCUAUGCUGCGAGCGGCACCGCGACGGCAUGGUGUCCUUUGUUGACAUCAUUCAGGCAAAGAUGGCGGGGUCGCUGGAGGUGGUGGCAACUCACGCAGACGCGCAGGCGUUACUGCAGCAGCUGCAGAUGAUCCCUGGGCUCACGUCCACGGCGUGCUCUCUGGUGGUGCUUCGCCGCCGCUGA